GUCUUUCUUUAAGUAUAAAUAACCCUUAAAAUAAAUAGGUUACUACCUGGUAGCCAUUUGUUUCACUCAUACGUCUUUCAUAGCCCACAGGUCAAAAUGAGGAACAUUUCCACAGCAUUAACGACGUGAAAGGUUACCCCGCUUUGUCAAUGACGUCUCUGUUCAAGCUUGUAGAGGUCUUUGAAAGUUUGUUACAUUAAGAUACAUUUACCAGGAGCGAAAGCUUUAACAUAGCCCAACCCGCAACCAAAACGCAACUUUAUUGAACAUCAAAAUGUUCUUCAAGCAGCAUUCCAGUUUCCCCAUGCCCUCGUAGCCUACCCCCUCUCUCCUUCCAGGGUGACGAGGAAACGCUGCAGACAUUGUCGAGGCGUACUGAUAUGUUUACGUUCAGUAGCGUGCCGUAUCAAUGAGAGACAGUUUUCACGAGCAGCUGAUAGAGGACAGUGCCUUCCUCCGAACUGACCGCAGACUUGACACGGAGCUAGUGGACAAACUCACCCUGCAGCUCAACAGAAUCUACCCCCAGGUCCUCUCAGACAAGGAGGCCACUAAAUUCAGAAACUUGGAUGUGCCUACAAGUGUUCGCCUGGGGGAGCUCCUGACACACCUGCAGGGGAAAGGAGACGACGCAUGCCGGGAGUUUUACAGAGCUCUUCACUUGCAUGUAGAGGAGGUUUACUACAGUUUGCCUACACGGCUACGCCUCAGAGAUUCCUUAGAUCCACUCACCCAUCCUCGUGUGUACCAUCAGAGAUAUGUUCUGAAUGACAGAGAUCCCCUCUUCUUUCUGGGCUGUUUCAGCGUUGCAGUGGGAAUGGCUUUACUUUAUUACUAUAGUGAGGAUAAAUUGACGGGAGGAAGCCGGGCCCUUGGGUUGGCUGCUCUGGGUUUGAAAAAGAAGGCACAGGAGGUUCUCAUAUGGUAUACUGAGGAAAGCCUCCUGAAGUAAGAGGGGACUCCUUCACACAAGGUGCUUUAGCAGUACUGCUCUUAUGAAUGAUACCUGCACUCAAGCACAGCAAGUCUCUUUGCAAGAGUUGAAUGCUUAUUUUGUACUCCAUCUCAUAUAUUAUUUUUCUUGUGAUGAAAAGUGGGAAAUAUGAGGAAAAUUAGGGCUUCAUUUAGCUCGUAAUUCUCCAAAUGUUGAUACCUAGUUGCUGAAAAGAAGUAAACACAUGGAAGGGUAGAUCAACAUGAAGAGUCCCCAAAUAAAGAUCAGCCGGUUGGAUUGGGCUCCUGCAAAAUCCAAGUUAACAAGAUGAUUUGACCACGUUCUCUCCUAAAAAUCUUCCAAGUUAGACAAAAAGCAGACCAAAAUAAACAUGCAAAAAUAUAACCUUAUAGGUUCAGAUUAUAUAUUCUAUUACUACAGAAAUGAUAACCUCCCAUUCAUCAGUACAUACAAUACUACAAUAAUUUUCCUUUACUUGCUUGCACUUCGGUGUAGAGACUCAGGCCUUAUUCUUUUUACUUUUAUGUUGGUUCAUAGAGCGCUCUAUAUAUUCCUUGAGCCAUACAUUUUUUGAGGGGGGGGGGUAUACACCUACUCUUCUGGUUAUUUACCUCUGCUUUUAUACAUAUUAAAAAACACUUCAAUGAACGUACUCCCUAAAUUGUAUCAGGAAACCAAGACAAUACCGCCCUCUGGUGGUUACUUGGGAACAAUAUUAUUAGAAAUGUCUCGUCUUAGUCACUAAAGUGCCUCCCAAAAUCCCGUUGCUCGAAAACAGACACACGAAAAAAGAUACAAGUCAUCUAAACAGUCCGAAUUUUGUUGAACUGGGUCCGUAUUUCAACAAUUUAGACGAGUUUAUUGUGUGUUUUGUAGUCACAUGGUUAUUUGUACCAAUGAUAUUCUGCUCUCCCUGCGCGUUGCAUUAUGGGUAGAAUUACACCCAAACCAAAAUAUACAUUGACAAAAGACUUAGUAACAAAGACUAACUACGAACACCUAUCUAGAAAUUCAUUUUGAAAUGAAAACGCGAGACCAGUGUUUAAGUCGUUAUACCGCGGAUGAAAUCAGAAAUGGCACCGUGAGUGUAUGUGUCUUCCGAAAUAGCUGGUAUAUAUAGUGACGUCGUCCAUGUUCUCAUCGUGUUGUAUGAAAGGAGAGAAGGUUAGCACUCCCCUUGACAAGGAUGGAAGAGGCCCUAGUGGCCUUCAACACAUAUACGGUUAAGGCAUUGCCACCUACUUCGUGGCAUCUCUAACCAAGUUUUUUUUUAUUUACAAUGUACGCAGAUUCUAUGUAUCGAGUGCCUUUCUAUCUCUGAAUUUUAUUUUUUAUUUAUACUCACCACAGAUUUCGUCUUCUGCUCUAGACAAAUACUUUUAGUCCGGAAGCAUGCCUUGAAUACUUCCCCAUGUCUUUGUUUCCGUUGGGUUGGGCAGGGUGGAAAAUGUAAUAUUUCCUGUCAGCCUGUAGUCAUUUUAGCGUCAAAUACUCAGGACGACUCAAAAAUGUAAAAGUCGGUGCUUUUUAUCCCACAGAAGAAGCUGGCUGAG